AUGGAGAGGCCACAGCUACCCCUCGACAACGCGCUUCAUGCGCUUGUACCAACCCGACUACUAGCAACGCUUCCUGUCCAAGUUCUGGUGAUACUUGCUGUCUAUUGUAUCUCUCUUGUCAUCAAAAGAGUUCAGCAGUAUCAGGCCGAUCUCGCCAUCGCUCAACGGCACGGGUGCAAGCUGCCACCGGAGCUGUCAAAACGGUGGCCCUUUGGAAUUGAUCGAAUCCGAGAUCUGUGGAUAUGCAAUGCUGAGGGUCGACUCUUGGCAUAUCUGUGUAAUGUCGCCAAGGACUAUGAACCGCGCAACACCCUCUCCCAGUACCUCCUGAUCGGACCUCGUGCCUACCAUAUUCUCCGACCAGAGAAUGUCGAGGCUGUAUUGUCAACAAACUUCAAAGACUAUGGGUUUGGCAGCCGGCCUGCUGUCUUCGCACCCCUGCUCGGGAAUGGCAUCUUCACGCAGGAGGGUGCUGCAUGGAAACACUCCAGAGAGCUGCUGAGGAAACAGUUCAUCCGAGCCCAGUAUCAGAACCUCGACCGAUCUUUCCGUGAGCACCUUAACAACCUCGUGGCGUGUAUGCCUUCUAAGGGUGAAGUCGAUUUGCAACCUCUGUUCUUUAGACUGACCAUGGAUAUUGCAACGGAACUGCUUUUUGGACGCUCCGUCUAUAGUUUGAGAUCAGAUGUGGAUCAGGACGCGGAGAACAGAGAGUUUGCUGAGAGUUUCACCAUUGCGCAGGAAGGCCUUGCAAAGCGAUUUCGUUCCGCCCCGUUUCAUUCAUUGUACAGCCCUCCAGCGUUUAGAAGAGCAUGCCGCAAUGUGCACCGAUUUGUCGAGAAGUACAUCCGACAGAAUGGGAUAGCAAUCAGCAAGUCAGCGGCCGGGUCAGUAUCCGACAAUUCCACCUCAUGGUUCAUAAAGCAGAUAGCUACGGAGUGUGCCUCAGAAACUGAUCUCAGAGACCAACUCCUCAACAUUUUUUUGGCAGGGCGAGAUACCACAGCUUGCUGUCUAUCGUGGACAUUCCGUCUUCUCGUCCGCCACCCUGACGUUUUACGGCGUCUUCGGCGUGAGGUCGCUUCAGUCAUAGAUACCUCGGCAGGUCCUACGCGAGAGGAAAUAAUGAAAAUGCCUUUCUUAUCUUGCGUUGUUAAGGAGAGUCUCCGGCUCUACCCUCCCGUUCCAUUGAACAAUCGUGAAGCCAUCCGGACCACCAUUCUACCAACUGGAGGCGGCCCGGAUGGGGAGGAUCCUAUCCUCGUAAGAGCAGGUGAACUGGUCGUCUUUUCACAAUACAUCAACUCGCGUCGGAAGAACAUAUACGGUGCCGAUGCCGAGCAGUUCCGCCCUGAGAGAUGGGAGACUGGCGAACUUGACGAUAUCGGGUGGGCGUACUUCCCUUUCAAUGGGGGGCCAAGGCAAUGCCUCGGUGAAGACUUUGCUCGGAUGGAACACUCCAGAGAGACUUCACGAGUGAUGUUGGAGUACGACUUUCCAGCUCAUCCCGUAGCGGAGGAAGACGCGGUGAUCUGUGGCCCAAAUUAUCGCUUUACGAUCAUCAACGAUGUUGUUCUCCGGUAUGAAUGGUCAGCUGACGGCACCUUCGAGGAUCGAGCCUCGACCUUUGCAAUCAAUCGUCGCUUUUCUCAGAGGCCCAAACCAGUGGUGCAGGACAGCGAGGUCGGCCUGGAGAUCAUCACACCCAGCCUUCAUCUCUCAUAUGACAAGAAGCGUUUCAGCCCCGGCGGUCUGGUAGUCGACCUGAAAAGCAAGACCACCCUGUGGGGCGCCCAGUGGCGCUUCGGGCAUACACCCGAGGAGAACUUGGGAGGCACGGCCAGAACGCUGGACGGUGUCAACGGCCGCUGUGACAUGGGCACAGGCAUCUUGUCCAAGGCGGGUUACUCUAUUGUGGACGACAGCGAUACCAUGCUCUUCGACGACAGUGGAUUUGUCUCCCCGCGGAAGCCCGGAGAUCGCAUCGACGGCUACCUAUUUGCCUAUGGCCGUGACUACAAAGCGGCGAUGAACGCCUUCUUCGCCCUGUCUGGGCAGACACCUAGGCUACCCAGAUGGGCUCUUGGGAAUUGGUGGAGUCGAUAUCACAAGUAUACAACCGAUUCCUACCUGAAACUGAUGGACGACUUUCAAAAGCAUGAUAUCCCCUUGUCCGUCGCCGUCAUCGAUAUGGACUGGCAUCUCGUCCAAGAUGAAAAGGUCCCUCACGCAGGGUGGACAGGCUACACUUGGGACCGUAAGCUCUUCCCCGACCCGGUAGCCUUCCAAGCUGCCCUCCACGACAGAGAUCUCAAGGUGACCCUCAACGACCAUCCACAUGCCGGGAUACAUCACCACGAGGAGCAGUACGACGAAGUCGCCCGCUUCAUGGGAAGAGACCCAUCCGAGAAGAUUCCCAUCAUUUUCGACCCCACCGAUCCCAAAUUUAUGCAGGCCUUCUUCGACAUCGUGCACCGCAGCCUAGAGAAGCAGGGCUGCGACUUCUGGUGGAUCGACUGGCAGCAAGGCGCUCUCUCCCGCAUUCCCGGCUUCGACCCCCUCUGGCUGCUCAACCACUAUCAGUUCCUUGAUACACAGAAGCAGCAGCAAAAGGCCGAACACGGGGACCGCGCCCUCAUCUUCUCCCGCUACGCCGGGCCGGGCAGCCACCGCUACCCCGUCGGAUUCUCGGGUGACAGCGUCGUGUCGUGGGAGUCGCUGGCCUUCCAGCCCGAGUUCACGGCCACGGCGUCCAACAUCGGCUACGCCUGGUGGAGCCACGACGUUGGCGGGCACUACGGCGGCUCGCGCGACGACGAGCUUGUCGCGCGCUGGGUGCAGCUCGGCGUCUUCUCGCCCAUCAUGCGCCUGCACUCCGCCGACAACGCGUGGUGCUCCAAGGAGCCGUGGCUGUACCGGCCCGAGGCCAGCAAGGCCAUGACGUUCGCCAUGCGCCUCCGCCACCGGCUGAUGCCGUACUUGUACUCGGCCAACGUGGACUUCUCCGAGAAAAACGAAGCGAUUGUGCAGCCUCUGUACUGGCGGUUCCCCUUGCGCGAGGAGGCGUAUGAGCAUCCGAACCAGUACUUCUUUGGCCCGUCGUUGGUCGUCGCCCCCAUUGUGCAGCCGCGGGACGCUGCGACGCUGCAUGCUUCAGCCGAGGUCUGGCUCCCGCCGACGGCGGCUCGGUACGUGGACUUGUUCACCGGUAUGGUGUACGAUAGCGACCGGACUCUCGAUAUGUGGCGCACACUGCAAACCUUGCCUGUUCUGGCUCCCGAAGGGUCCAUAAUAGUCUUGGAUGCAUCGGGAGAGCCAGCGAAUGGAGGCUUCAACCCACAGGCCCUGGAGGUGAUAGUUGUGGUGGGACAGGAUGCCGAGUAUGUUCUUGUCGAGGAUAUACGUGACGAUAAGCACUGCAGGGCCACCAGAGCCACCCGAUUAGGUGGAAAUGAUCGUGAUAUCGAGUUCAGAUGGGACCAGAAAGCCGGGGAAUUCAGAACGACUCUACCCUUGGGAUAUGGGUUGACUGUCCGAUUCCUCUGUGUUGAUGACUGCCCCCCCUCAGGCGUGCUAGUCACUCGGGAUCGCGGCAUCGACUACGAGAAAGUGGUCUCCAUUGAGAAAGGGAACAAUGUCCUUUUCCCUGGCACCGUGGUUAGACUAGGAUCGAAGCCAGCAGCAGCUGACGUUGAAGAGUGGGUGGCCAUCAGAGUGGUGCUCAGGCCAGAUCAGCAGCUCGGAGUCGCGGAUUAUGUUACCAAGAUCAAAUCACUGCUGCUGGAUUUCCAGAUGGAUUUCCGUAUGAAAGAUGUUAUCUUCCAGAUCGUGUCUGGUUCACAGCCUGUCCACAGUAAGAUAUCUGCGCUUCUGCGGCUAGAUUUGCCAAGGCCAAUCAUGGGGGUUAUUUCAGAAGUUCUCCUGGCUGACAGUCGACACUGA